AUGGCUGGGCUCGAUGAAGGACUGAUGGAUGUGGCUACCGGUUCGUCUUCUUUGGAUCUUCUUGGUGAUGUUCCUGAUGAAGAUGUGAAUCUGUUAUUAGGUGAGCUGUACAUCUCUGAACGUCAGGAGCAACCGAAACUGGAGGAACGGACCAUCAAGUUUCCUUUGCUGGCUUUGGAACUUGUAAAAACUUUGGAGACUGCUGAUCUGAGGACUUGGAAACGCCUAGUGGAACUGUGUAGUGUUGUGAAAAACGAUCAUUGUGAAGCAAGGAUCGGGGGCGUUACUUUGAACAUCGGUGGAUUUGAAUCCUUAAAGAAGAUUUGGUGCGGACAUUUGACCAUUCCCACGCCAGCGGACUUACCUUUAUCAGAGAAAGGAGCUGAGAUAUCUGAAGGAUCUUCAAACGAACAUUUGGAAGUUAUUUCUGAAUCUUCUGAUUUAGAAUUUUUAGUUUUAUUUUCAACUUAUUAUGAUAUAUCCGUAGUGGAUUUGGGGCCAAGUGAACAGGUGGAGAGAAUUCCUUGUGUUCCUGCCAUUGUUGAUGAGAUGGCUGGUACUUCAAAAGGUCAAACUGGGGCAAUCGCUGGUCUUGGAGACGAGGAGAUUCUUCAAUUUAAUUUGGGACUGGACUUAAAUGAAGGCAACCGCCCGUUUCGUCAUUGGAGUUCAAUCUUUGAAGUAUCAAAAUUCAUGCCUGAUAACUCUCCGACAUAUUUCAAUAAUGUUGGGAAAUCGAUGAAGUUAACUGAUGCUGUUUUCAAGGAACUGAAGUCAAACCAAGUUAAGGUUCCGUUGCCAGUACCAGGAACUCUGUGGUCUAUGUCCGGCUGGUCCGUGGUCUGUGGGGAUGGAUCAAUGUCAUCUACCAACCUACGGAAUCGGGUUUAUUCGGAUCCAAAGCUCGACGAGUCGUUUAUUUUCGAUGGGAUUUCUGGUUCCGUCCCCCCGGUUUCUUGCCGACGAAUGCUUUUUGAUGGACAUCUUGUGUCACAGGACGAUCAUUGUGAAGCAAGGAUCGGGGGCGUUACUUUGAACAUCGGUGGAUUUGAAUCCUUAAAGAAGAUUUGGUGCGGACAUUUGACCAUUCCCACGCCAGCGGACUUACCUUUAUCAGAGAAAGGAGCUGAGAUAUCUGAAGGAUCUUCAAACGAACAUUUGGAAGUUAUUUCUGAAUCUUCUGAUUUAGAAUUUUCAGCUUUAUUUUUAACCUAUUAUGAUAUAUCCGUAGUGGAUUUGGGGCCAAGUGAACAGGUGGAGAGAAUCCCUUGUAUUCCUGCUGUUGUUGAUGAGAUGGCUGGUACUUCAAAAGAUCAAACCGGGGCAAUCGCUGGUCUUGGAGACGAGGAGAUUCUUCAAUUUAAUUUGGGACUGGACUUAAAUGAAGGCGACCGCCCGUUU